AUGACAAAACUUCGCCUGCCAUUUCAUGAGAAUCUACUUCAGCUAGUGGCUAUUCCAUACCCCACCACCACCACCACCACAAUCAGUAAGGACACUCCUGCAAUCCGGGCUACUUUCAGCACAAUCGCUACUUCCAUCGCCUAUGUGGACGCAGAACCAACCUAUCACCACUUCAGCCCCGAUGCCGAACCCGGCGCCGCCCGGGUCUUCUACCUGUGA